CUUCUCCCAGAACCAGUUAGAAAAAAAAAAAAAAACAAAAAAAAACAAAGAACACCAGAACUGUAGAUUAGUUCUCGCAAAACCCUUCAAUGGAGGAAGAAGACGAGGCAAUGGUUAUGGAAGUGGAAGAAAUACAAGAAGAAGAAGAGAGAGCACCAAAAGAAAAAGAGCCUCCCAAAAUUCGCCGCCUAGCGGAGUCCGUUGUGAACCGAAUUGCCGCCGGAGAAGUCAUCCAACGCCCCGUCUCCGCCGUCAAGGAGCUCGUCGAGAACAGCCUCGACGCGGGCUCGUCCUCCAUAAACGUCGUCGUUAAGGACGGCGGCCUCAAGCUCAUUCAGGUCUCCGAUGACGGCCACGGAAUCAGAUACGAGGACUUGCCGAUACUAUGCGAGAGGCACACGACGUCGAAGCUGUCUACUUUCGAGGAUUUGCAGUCGAUAAAGUCGAUGGGAUUUCGCGGAGAAGCACUGGCGAGCAUGACCUACGUUGGCCACGUUACGGUUACCACCAUCACCAAAGGGCAAUUGCAUGGUUACAGGGCAUCUUAUAAAGAUGGAGUCUUGGAACACGAGCCCAAGGCCUGUGCUGCUGUAAAAGGAACUCAGAUAAUGGUUGAGAAUCUGUUCUACAAUAUGGCUGCUCGGAGGAAGACACUGCAAAAUUCUGCCGAUGAUUACCCGAAGAUUGUAGACUUGCUAAGCCGUUUUGCCAUUCAUCACACACAUGUUAGUUUCUCUUGUAGAAAGCAUGGAGCUGCAAGAGCUGAUGUCCAUUCUGUUGGUGUGCCAUCGAGAAUUGAUGCUAUUCGGUCAGUUUAUGGGGUGUCAGUAGCUCAAAAUCUGAUGAACAUUGAAGCUUCAGAUGAUGAUCCAUCCAGUUCAAUUUUUAAGAUGGACGGCCUCAUCUCCAAUUUCAACUUUGUUGCAAAGAAAAUAACGAUGGUUCUUUUUAUAAAUGAUAGAUUGGUGGAAUGGACUGCUUUGAAAAGAUCUCUAGAAGUUGUUUAUUCUGCAACAUUGCCUAAAGCAUCAAAACCCUUUAUAUAUAUGUCAAUUACACUGCCAGCAGAGCAUGUUGAUGUUAAUGUUCACCCAACAAAAAGAGAGGUAAGCAUUCUAAAUCAGGAAAUCAUCAUUGAGAAGAUACAGUCAGUGGUUGAGACAAAAUUGAGGAAUUCCAAUGACACUAGGACAUUUCAAGAACAGACAAUUGAGCCAUCUUCUUCUUGUCAAGUGAGUUCACGGAAGGAUUCAGAUCUCAAUCCCUCACCAUCUGGGUCAAAACCAAUGAAGGUUCCAGUGCAUAAAAUGGUCAGAACAGAUUCAUCAGAUCCUACUGGAAGGUUACAUGCCUACAUGCAAGCCAAGCCUCAAAACCAUCUCGAUGGAGGUUCUAGCUUGACUGCAGUUAGGUCAUCUGUUAGACAAAGAAGGAACCCAAAGGAAACUGCAGAUCUUACUAGCAUUCAGGACCUUAUUGAUGAGAUCGAUAGAAAAUGUCAUUCUGGUCUACUGGACAUUGUAAGACACUGCACAUAUAUUGGAAUGGCAGAUGACGUCUUUGUGUUGCUUCAGCAUGACACUCAUCUCUAUCUUGCAAAUGUGGUGCACUUGAGCAAAGAGCUUAUGUAUCAGCAAGUUUUGCGCCGUUUUGCCCAUUUUAAUGCUAUACAACUAAGUGAUCCAGCACCUCUGAAGGAUUUACUUUUGUUGGCACUGAAAGAAGACGAUUUAGAUCCAGAAUACGAGGAGAACGAUGAAUUGAAAGAGAAGAUAGCAGAAAUGAAUACAGAUCUGUUAAAGCAAAAGGCUGAAAUGCUAGAAGAGUAUUUUUGCAUUCAUAUAGACACACAUGGGAAUUUAGCGAGGCUUCCAGUUGUACUUGACCAAUACACACCUGACAUGGACCGUGUCCCUGAAUUUGCACUUUGUUUGGGAAAUGAUGUAAACUGGGAGAAUGAGAAAAAUUGCUUUCAAGAAAUUGCAGCUUCUCUUGGAAACUUCUAUGCUAUGCAUCCUCCUAUGUUGCCCAACCCAUCUGGUGAUGGUUUGAAACUUUAUGAAAAGAAAAGACCUUUCAAGAAUACUGAAGAUAGAGAAUAUACCUCAGGGUAUGAUGCCACAAGGGAGACUGAAAUUGAGCAUGAAUUACUUUCGGAGGCAGAAACUGCGUGGGCCCAGCGUGAAUGGUCAAUCCAGCAUGUCUUGUUUCCAGCAAUGAGACUCUUUCUUAAGCCGCCAACUUCUAUGGCUACAAAUGGAACAUUUGUUCGUGUAGCUUCACUGGAAAAACUCUACAGGAUAUUUGAAAGAUGCUAACACGAAUAGUUCGGGCUUCUCGGUUCAUUCCGUACCUUAUGUUUUGACCUUGGCACAUAACGGUGAUACUAGAUCUGUUCUCUUUUAACUGUCCCUACAAUGAAAUCUUCACUGCUCGUUAAGAUUUACACGGCAGAUGUUAACAGGAGGGUGUAGUUGUAAAUUCUGUACAUUCUUUUCUAGUGAAGUAAAACUUAUUGAAGUUUGUAUUACCAUCGUGUGAUCUUGGCAUUAUUGAAGUAUGCGUGGAUAAAUGGAAUUUGUACAUUGUUUGUUUGUUUGCUUUUAGUAGGAAUACAGAAUAAAGAACAAAUAUACUCCGAACA